CACGCUUCAGCCAAUAUUCAAGUUAUUUGACACAUUUCACACACUAAACAUGGUCAAGCGGGAAGCAGGAGGCAAGGUUACAAAGCCCUCGAAAAAGACGCCAGUCAAGGCGGCUGUGAAGGCAGUAGCGGCUAAGACAAAGGUGCAGGCUGCAAAAGCCAAGGCUGCCGAUGACAUCGACGAUAUUUUUUCGUCGAAGCCUGCUGUUGCUGAAGCAGCUACUGUUCCGGCCAAGCCAACCGAACCCACACUGGCACCCGUCGUAAAGGAUAAGAAGAAGAAGGCUGUCCAGGUCGUGGAUGCCUCUGCUACAGCAAAGCCGAUAGUGCCUCAUCAGAAAAAACCGGCGGACGACCUCUUCGGCGACUCGCGUGGAGCCAACUCAAAAUAUACAGACGACGGCAUGCGCGUCUUUUACAUGGACGAUCUGCACAUUGGUGAGGGUGAGGGCGAUACCGAUCUGUGCCCCUUCGAGUGCGAUUGCUGUUUCUAGUUGCAAAAAAUAAAAAGAAAUGCUAGUGGGGCU